AUGGCGGCUUUGGGGCCAGGAGGCUACGCGCGGAACGAUGCGGUCGAGAAGCUGCCAUCUGUCAUGGUGGGAGUUCCAGCGCGGAGAACCCAGUCCUCCCCGCCUCCCGCCCCACCGCUCUGCCUUCGGCGGCGGACGCGACUCUCGUCAGCGCCGGAGGACACAGUGAAUAACCGGGUGUCACUUGAGAAGGUACUUGGCAUCACAGCCCAGAAUAGCAGUGGCCUAACCUGUGACCCUGGCACUGGUCAUGUGGCCUAUCUCGCAGGCUGUGUGGUGGUGAUUUUGAACCCCAAGGAGAACAAGCAACAGCACAUCUUUAAUACUGCCAGGAAGUCCCUGAGCGCUCUGGCCUUUUCCCCUGAUGGGAAGUACAUAGUGACAGGGGAGAACGGGCACAGGCCAGCCGUGCGCAUCUGGGAUGUGGAAGAGAAAAGUCAGGUGUCAGAGAUGCUGGGCCACAAGUAUGGUGUGGCCUGUGUGGCCUUCUCACCGAAUAUGAAGCACAUCGUGUCCAUGGGCUACCAGCAUGACAUGGUCCUCAACGUGUGGGACUGGAAGAAAGACAUCGUGGUGGCCUCCAACAAGGUAUCAUGUAGGGUCAUUGCCCUCUCCUUCUCUGAGGACAGCAGCUAUUUUGUCACUGUUGGGAACCGGCAUGUGAGAUUCUGGUUCUUGGAAGUCUCCACUGAAGCAAAGGUGACUGGCACAGUGCCGCUGGUUGGACGCUCAGGCAUCCUGGGUGAGCUGCACAACAACAUCUUCUGUGGUGUGGCCUGCGGCCGGGGCCGAAUGGCAGGGAAUACCUUCUGUGUGUCCUAUUCGGGCCUCCUCUGCCAGUUCAAUGAGAAGCGGGUGCUGGAGAAGUGGAUCAACUUGAAGGUCUCCCUGUCUUCCUGCCUCUGUGUCAGUGAGGAGCUCAUCUUCUGUGGCUGCACAGAUGGGAUAGUUCGAAUCUUUCAGGCCCACAACCUGCACUACCUCGCCAACCUGCCCAAGCCGCACUAUCUUGGGGUAGACGUGGCACAGGGCCUGGAGCCCAGCUUCCUCUUCCACAGGAAAGCAGAAGCAGUCUACCCAGAUACAGUGGCACUGACGUUUGACCCUGUCCAUCAGUGGCUGUCCUGCGUGUACAAAGACCACAGCAUCUAUGUCUGGGAUGUUAAGGACAUCAACAAAGUGAGCAAGAUGUGGUCAGAGCUCUUCCACAGCUCCUAUGUCUGGAAUGUGGAGGUGUAUCCUGAAUUUGAAGAUCAGAGAGCUUGUUUGCCAUCCGGGUCUUUCCUGACUUGUUCCUCAGACAACACCAUCCGGUUCUGGAACAUGAACAGCGACUCCAGCUCUCACUGGCAGAAAAACAUCUUCAGCAAUACCCUUCUGAAAGUAGUGUACGUGGAGAAUGACAUCCAGCACCUGCAGGACACAUCACACUUCCCCGACCGGGGCAGCGAGAACGGGACGCCUGUGGAUGUGAAAGCUGGGGUGCGCGUCAUGCAGGUCAGUCCUGACGGCCAGCACUUGGCUUCAGGCGACCGGAGUGGAAAUCUGAGGAUCCAUGAGCUGCACUUCAUGGACGAGCUGGUCAAGGUGGAGGCCCAUGAUGCUGAAGUGCUAUGCCUGGAGUACUCCAAGCCCGAAACAGGACUGACCUUGCUGGCCUCAGCCAGUCGGGACCGCCUGAUCCACGUGCUGAAUGUAGAGAAGAACUACAACCUGGAGCAGACCCUAGACGACCACUCCUCCUCCAUCACGGCCAUUAAGUUUGCUGGCAACAGAGACAUCCAGAUGAUCAGCUGUGGGGCUGACAAGAGCAUCUACUUCCGCAGUGCCCAGAGGGCCUCGGAUGGACUGCACUUUGUCCGCACCCACCACGUAGCAGAGAAAACCACUUUGUAUGACAUGGACAUUGACAUCACGCAGAAGUAUGUGGCUGUGGCCUGUCAGGACCGCAAUGUGAGGGUCUACAAUACAGUGAAUGGAAAGCAGAAGAAAUGCUACAAGGGAUCCCAGGGUGAUGAAGGGUCCCUGCUGAAGGUCCAUGUGGAUCCCUCAGGCACCUUCUUAGCCACAAGCUGCUCUGACAAAAGCAUCUCUGUGAUCGACUUUUAUUCAGGAGAAUGUGUUGCCAAGAUGUUUGGCCACUCAGAAAUCAUUACCGGGAUGAAGUUCACCUAUGACUGUCGUCACUUGAUCACAGUAUCUGGAGACAGCUGCGUGUUCAUCUGGCACCUGGGCCCAGAGAUCACCACCUGCAUGAAGCAGCACUUGUUGGAGAUCGACCACCAGGAGCAGCAGCGGCAGCAGCAGCCCAAGGACAGGAAUUGGAGUGGCCAUCCCAGGCAGGAGACCUAUGCAUCCGUGCCCAGUGAGAUUUGCUCCCUAAGUCCUGGAGAGCAGACAGAAGAUGAGAUGGAGGAGGAGGGUGAACCAGAAGAGCUGCUGAAGACCCCAUCCAAGGAGAGCUUUGAUUCAGAUCCUCGGUGCCUACUGACCAACGGCAAGCUGCCAUUAUGGGCAAAGCGGCUGCUAGGGGAUGAUGAUGUGACAGAUGGUUCAACCUUCCACACCAAGCGCAGCUACCAGCCACACGGCCGCUGGGCAGAGCGGGCUGACCAGGAGCCCCUUAAGACCAUCCUGGAUGCCCGGGCCCUGAAUUGCUACUUUACACCCAUGAAGCCUGAACGCCUGGAGGAUUCCAUUUUAGACACAAUGGAGCCACAGAACCUGGCGGGCCUGCUGAGUGAGUCAGAGAGUCCCCAGGAGAAUGGCUGCGGGCACCUCUCCUUCCUGCCCCUGCAGAGGGAGUCGUCUGAGACCAGUGAGGAGCUCAUCUACUCUCUGGAGGCAGAAGUGACAGUCACAGGAACAGACAGCGAAUACUGUGAAAAGGAGGCUGAGGCAGGGCCUGGGGAACAUCAGGGUGAAUCCUACCUCAGGGUGGUCUCCAUCAACUCGAAAGCCCAGAGCCCACCUGAGGACUCAGGGGAGUCAGAGGCUGAUUUGGAGUGCAGCUUUGCCACCAUCCAUUUCCCUGCUCCACAGCCUGACCCAGAUCCUCGGCUUUCCGUGACAAUACCCCAGGAGCCAGGAUGCCCAACUAUAGCAGAAGAGACAUCCCGGCCUGAGGGGCCAGGCUUGGCCAACAGCUCCCUACCCCAGACCCCUGAGCAGGAGAAGUUUCUCCGCCACCACUUUGAGACGCUUACUGACACAACCCCUGAAGAGCUCUUCCAAGGAUCCCUGGAGGACAUGAAGUUCUCGGAGGCCGAGGACUACUUCAAUCCCCGGCUAAGCAUCUCCACCCAAUUUCUCUCGCGCCUCCAGAAGACACCCAGGUUCACCCGCACCUUCCCUCCUCGGCUGCCCCUGCACCUUGUGAGGUCUCCAGAGGUCAAGCCCACUGGCCGAGCAGAGCCCCUGAGAGCAGGUACUGGCUACAUCUCCCCAGACGGGACCAACGUGCUUUCUGGGGGUAAGGCUGAGGAGCCCCUCAACACCCUGGAGGCCUGGUGCCAACUGAGUGAGUGCCUCCCCACCCUGUCUCCCCGUGUCCCUUCCUCCUCAGUGCCACCCACAAACAGGAAGCCUUCGACACCCACAUCUGUAUCUACCCCUGGCUCACAUCUGGGCCUGGCUCAGAGUGUCUGUGUCCCCUCUACCUGUUCCUACAUGGAGACCACUGCCAGCUCCCGUGCCAAGAUCUCCCUCGGGGACAGUAAGGACCCUGUCAUGGCUGAGCUGACUAGGCCCCUCCAUAGGCCUUCAUCCAUGGGGGAGCUGGCCUCUCUGAACCAGGAGCUCACCACCAAGGCCACUUCCAGUUCUGGAAGUGAGGGGCAAGAGUCUGUCUUGCCCUCCUGGGGCAACCAUGAGGCUCGAGCCAACCUGAGACUGACCUUGUCAAGCAUCUGUGAUAGGCUCCUGUCCCCAUCCCCACUGGAGCCAACCACCACAUGUGUGUGGCCAGAAGAGCCCGGGGAUACCCGGCCUGGUGCAUCCGUCACAGCAGCCAGCUUGUUAGCCCCUAGCCCUGUGGAUGUGAGCACGCUGAGGCUCCACAGUUCUGCUUUUCUCCCAAAGCUCCCCACCCCUGAGCCCCUCACCCCUCCUGCCCACCCCAACAGCCCCCAGCUUCCAGAGGCCAGGCUGGGGGUCCCUGAUAGCACUGCCUCCCUCCUGGAGCCCAGCCCUGGUGCCCCCAGUUCCAUCCUGGGCAGCUCUGGACACUGGGGAGAACCUGGGCUGCCAGAUGAAGUCCUGCUCCCCACACCCCUGGAGCUGCGCAAUGUGAGAAGUGUCUUGAACAGGCUGCAGACUACUUUCCGAGAAGCCCUUGACGUUUACCACAUGUUGCGCUCCAGCAGCCAGCUGGGCACAGAGCAGCAGCAGGCACAGACUGAGCUGGCCUCCGCCUUCCUUUGGAUCCACAGCCAGCUGGAAGCCAGUGACUGGCUGGUUGGGACUGACAUAGCCCCAGCUCAGCCCCUCCCCAGCCCAGAUCCCCCAUCCCCGCCCACACUGUGCCCCCUGGCCAGCCCAGACUUGCAGGCCCUGCUAGAACACUACUCGGAGCUGCUGGUGCAGGCUGUGCGGAGGAAGGCGAGGGGGGAUUGA